CAGCCGCUCUUCUGCAGCACUGAACUUUAGACACAUGACUACCAAGGAGUGUCUGUGGGUUGGUGCAAAGUUGGAUUUUGUCAAUGACUUUGACCACAUCUGUUAGCUUGUCUCAUUUUCACAUCAGGACGACUGAAAACAAGCGCGUUGGAGACAACAGACGGCCACCAGAGACUCUUAACUAUAAGAUCUCUGAACUACACAAAAAAAAGAAAAAAAAAAUAGCAUUUAAACUGUUCUUGAUAUUAUUGCAUGCUUCUGGAAUACUAACGUACUCUAUCCAUACAGGGAGAAGGCAAGUUAUUCUUUUUCUUAAAAGGCUUAUGGAUCAAAGUCUCUGGCAGACACAUCCUGCAAUUGUCUCUGCUCUGUGGGUGGACGGAGGAGAGAGUACCACUGUUUGAAUUACUCUCAGCAGCAGUUGAGUAAAGGGCACAAGGAGUCUAGUUGUCUAAUCCUCAAAGGCGACUGAAGCCAUCACAGUGGAUCAUGUGUGCUGCACCUCUAGAGAAGUACUGUGGGUCGAUAUUCUGGAAUUCUUCAUACCUGGAUAGAGAGGACCCAGACCUCCCGGUAUGUGUGGAGCAGACAGUGCUGGUGUGGAUCCCGCUGGGGUUCCUGUGGCUUUGUGCUCCUGUGCACCUGAUGUCUAUUUGCAAAAGGUCACAAGUAAACACGAAACACCUAUCCAAGCUCUACAUCUCCAAAACGACUGUGGUGUGUCUGUUGUUACUGACAGCCAUCGCAGGUUUGGCAUUGUCAUUAGGAGAAUCUAGUCCCAGUAGUCCCGAUAAAAAACCAGCUGUAUACUAUACAAACCCUGUUCUCUACGCAGUCACAUGGCUCCUCGUGCUGUUAUGUCAGGAAGGAGUAAGGCGAAAGGAAGGAGCAGUAGACUCCACCACACUUUUCCUGUUCUGGCUGCUCCUGGUUGUGUGUGACAUUUUCCCUUUCCAAACGCUCCUACGUGAGGCGCUCACGCAGGGAGAAGUGAGCGAUCUCCCUCGGUUCUGUCUUUUCUAUAUUUCCUUUGGUCUGGAGCUGAUUGCACUUGUUCUCUCAGCUGUAGCUGAUGUGCCCCUAGAGGCUCGGGAGCGUGUGAAAAAGAAUCCAGAAGCCGGUGCAGCAUUUUUGAACAGAAUCACUUUUAAUUGGAUCAACAGUAUGGUGGUGAAAGGCUACAAACGGCCUCUGGUUCAGGAGGACAUGUGGGAUCUGAAUGAGGUGGACAGUACCCCUUACAUUAGCAGUCACUUCCAACACUUCAUGCAGACUGAGUUAGCUGCAGCCCGAAUUCGGUUCCAUUCACAGUUGAAGAAGAAACCAGUUAAAAGCAGAAGCAAAUCGCCAGAAGAAGCUUCACAAAACGGCCUCUCCAGCGCUCUGGGGAAAGGUGUGAGCCAGGAUGCCUUGGUGAUGGAGGACAAAGGAAAGAAAGCAGAAGGCAAAAAGAAGAAAAAGGAUAAAAAGGAGGAGGAAGAGGACUAUCCCAAUUCAUGGCUUAUUAGCACCAUUUACAAGACUUUUAAAUGGCUUCUGAUUGAAUCGGCCGUGUUUAAGCUUCUGCAGGACUUGCUGGCUUUUGUCAGUCCUCAGCUCCUAAAACUGAUGAUAUCCUUCACUCAGGACAAAUCCAGCUAUGCCUGGGUAGGAUAUUUGUAUGCAGUGCUGCUGCUGCUGGUGGCUGUUCUGCAGUCCUUAUUCCUGCAGCAAUACUUUCAACGAUGCUUUGUGCUCGGGAUGAAGGUUCGCACGGCAAUUAUGGCUGCUGUGUACAAAAAGUCACUGGUAAUGUCUAACGAUACCCGCAAAGAGUCAACAGUUGGGGAAACGGUGAACCUCAUGUCAGCUGAUGCCCAGCGCUUCAACGAUGUGACCAACUUUAUCCACCUGCUGUGGUCCUGCCCUAUGCAGAUCAUUGUGUCUAUUGUUUUCCUAUGGCUGGAACUGGGACCAUCUGUGUUGGCAGGACUGGCAGUAAUGGUGCUAAUGGUGCCAAUCAAUGGACUGCUAGCCACAAAGGCCAGAAAAAUCCAGAUUGAGAACAUGAAAUACAAAGACAAAAGACUAAAAAUAAUGAAUGAACUUCUCAAUGGGGUCAAGAUUCUGAAGCUAUUUGCAUGGGAGCCGUCUUUUCAGGCUCAGGUGGAAGACAUUAGAGGACAAGAGCUGAAGGUCAUGAAGAAGUUUGCCUACUUGACAUCUGUCUCCACCUUCAUCUUUAGCUGUGCCCCUGCUGUGGUUUCUCUGGCUACUUUUGCAGUGUUUGUAAGUGUGAGCCCAGACAAUGUGUUAACUCCUGAAAAAGCCUUCACUUCCAUCUCUCUCUUCAACAUCCUACGAUUCCCACUGGCAAUGCUGCCAAUGCUCAUCGCUGCCAUGGUGCAGACGACGGUAUCUAAGAAGAGACUGGAGAAGUUCCUGGGAGGAGAAGAUAUAGACAGUGAUGUUGUCCGACAUGACCCCAGUUUCAACUCUGCUGUCAGCAUCUGUGAUGGUUCCUUUGCUUGGGAAAAAGACGCUCAACCGCUGCUGAAAGAUGUAUCACUGGAUAUCAAGCCUGGUCGGCUGGUAGCAGUAGUGGGGGCCGUUGGCUCAGGGAAGUCUUCCCUCAUGUCAGCUCUCCUUGGAGAGAUGUACGGUACCAAAGGGUUCAUUAAUAUUCAGGGGUCCCUUGCAUUUGUGCCACAGCAAGCUUGGAUUCAAAAUGCCACUCUCAGGGAUAAUAUCUUGUUUGGCUCCCCAUAUGAAGAGAAGAAACUCCAAGAUGUAAUAAAGGCCUGUGCCCUUGGCCCAGAUCUGAAGCUGCUGGCUGCAGGAGACCUUACUGAGAUUGGAGAAAAGGGUAUCAACCUGUCAGGGGGUCAGAAACAACGUGUGAGCUUGGCCAGAGCAGCUUACAGUGAGUCUGAUAUUUAUCUAUUAGAUGACCCCUUGUCUGCUGUGGACUCUCAUGUGGGAAAGCAUCUCUUUGAUAAAGUUAUCGGACCAAGUGGGCUUCUCAAAAACAAGACUCGUAUCCUGGUGACUCAUGGAAUCAGCUUCUUGCCUUAUGUAGAUGAGGUAGUGGUAUUGGUGAAUGGACAGGUUUCUGAAAUUGGAUCUUACAACAGUCUUCGUGCCAGCAAUGGAGCUUUUUCUGAGUUUCUCAACACAUAUGCAAAAGAGCAGAGAAAGCAGACUACUUCUGAGUCAGAUGGUAGCCAUGAUAUGGAAGAUUUGGAAGAUUUGGAUCUCAUUCCUGACAGAGAGGAUGCUCAGCCAGACUGUCCUCCGGAAGACACAGUUUCCUAUACACUGAAGAGAGAGAACAGCAUCCGUCGCAGCCAGCGUGGCAGCAGUGUCAGAAUAAGGAAAAAUAGCACUUUAAAAAAGUCUGAAAAUGUUGGAGAUGAAAAGGCAGGCCAGAGGCUGAUAGAGAAGGAAACUAUGGAGACAGGACAGGUGAAAUUCUCAGUGUAUCUCCAGUACAUGCGUGCCAUGGGCUGGGGAUAUGCGGCUGUGGUCUUUGUGAUUUACUUCAUCCAGAACAUUGCUUUCAUCGGUCAGAAUCUGUGGCUGAGUGACUGGACCACUGAUUCAGUCGUGUACUUAAACAAGACAUAUCCUAACUGGAAGAGGGACACCAGAGUGGGAGUGUUUGGAGCUCUUGGAGUGGCUCAAGGUGUCUUUGUUUUCCUCGGCACACUCCUCUUAGCCAAUGCUUCGGUUUCUGCAUCUCGUAUCCUACACUCAAAGCUGCUUAACAACAUACUGCGGGUGCCUAUGGUUUUUUUUGACACUACACCAAUUGGAAGAGUGGUGAACCGCUUUGCAAAGGACAUUUUCACAGUAGAUGAAGCCAUCCCUCAAUCCUUCCGCUCCUGGCUGUUGUGUUUGCUGGGCGUAUUGGGGACGCUGUUUGUGAUCUGUCUGGCCACCCCUUUCUUCGCCAUAAUCAUCAUUCCUCUGGCUGUCAUCUACUACUUUGUACAGCGCUUCUAUGUGGCCACAUCACGACAGCUGCGGCGCCUGGACUCUGUGUCUCGCUCUCCCAUUUACUCUCACUUUGGUGAGACUGUGUCCGGUCUGUCGGUGAUAAGAGCCUACAAGCAUCAAGAGAGGUUUCUCAAGCACAACGAAGUAACUAUUGAUGAAAAUCUCAAAAGUGUUUACCCGUGGAUCGUGUCAAACAGAUGGCUGGCCAUUCGUCUGGAGUUCCUAGGAAAUCUUGUGGUGUUUUUUUCCGCCCUGUUUGCUGUCAUUUCUAAAGACACUAUCGAUGGCGGCCUGGUUGGGUUGUCCAUAUCCUACGCUCUUAAUGUGACACAAACCCUCAACUGGCUGGUUAGAAUGACGUCAGAGUUGGAGACCAACAUUGUAGCUGUGGAGAGAGUGAGCGAAUAUACUGAGCUUGAGAAUGAGGCUAAGUGGAUAACUAAUUCCCGGCCUCCGGAGAACUGGCCCGAGGCGGGAAUGCUAAAGUUUGUAGACUACAAGGUCCGUUACAGACCUGGAUUAGACCUGGUGCUUCACGGAAUCUCCUGUGACAUUGCCAGCACUGAAAAGAUUGGUAUAGUAGGCCGCACAGGAGCCGGGAAAUCAAGUCUGACAAACUGCCUGUUUCGAAUUAUUGAAGCAGCUGAAGGGAAAAUCCUCAUUGAUGAUAUAGAUAUCGCCACAAUAGGACUGCAUGACCUGAGAAACAGGCUCACGAUCAUCCCUCAGGAUCCAGUUUUGUUUUCUGGCACGCUGAGGAUGAACCUGGAUCCAUUUGACAAAUUCAGUGAUGAAGAGAUUUGGAGGGUACUGGAGCUCUCCCACUUGAAGAACUAUGUAUCAGGGCUGGAGGAAGGAUUACAACAUGAAGUAGCAGAAGGAGGAGAAAAUCUCAGCGUUGGGCAGAGGCAGCUGCUGUGUCUGGCUCGAGCGCUGCUGAGAAAGUCUCGCAUCUUAAUACUGGAUGAAGCCACAGCAGCUGUUGACUUGGAGACAGACGAUUUGAUUCAGAAUACCAUCCGCAAAGAGUUCUCUCACUGCACUGUGCUCACCAUUGCCCACCGCCUGCACAGCAUCAUGGACAGCUCCAGGGUAAUGGUGCUUGAUGCUGGCAAGAUUGUAGAAUUUGAUUCUCCAAGCAACCUGCUUGAAAAACGAGGCCAUUUCUAUGCCAUGGCAAAGGAUGCUGGGAUAACACAAGACGAAAUCUCUGUUCUCUAACUUGCAUUUUCUAAAGGAUUAAAUGAUUUUUACUUAAAUUUUCUUUACUGUUUGUUUUUUAAAUGCCAAAUAAACAUUGUGACAUGUAUUGUAUUUAUAAAUAACAAUAUAAAUGAAUCAUACUGUACAUAGAAACAAUUUUUGUAUGCGAAAAAUAAAUAUUCUUCACUGGAACAAAUCUUUAAUGGA